AUGAAGUUGUCCACCACCAUCGUCGCCGUGGCAGCCGUCUUGUUCGGUUCCACCGACGCCAAAAAGUUCUCCGCCAAGCUCAACAAGAUCCCUGUGGAGGAGUCUCUCGACGCCUUCAGGUUCCAUGAAUACACCCUGGCGUUGGCCCUGAAAUACAUGGACGCCUAUGCUGCCGCUGGCUACGGUGGCUCUUUCAGGGACAAGCAAGAUGUGGCAAAGAUUCCUCUCGUUUCUGAAGGGGGCAAGCACGAGGCUCCGCUCACCAACUACUUGAACGCCCAGUACUUCACCGAGAUCCAACUCGGCACUCCGGGCCAGACCUUCAAGGUGAUUUUGGACACAGGCUCUUCCAACUUGUGGGUGCCUUCCAAGGACUGCAGCUCCUUGGCUUGUUUCUUGCAUUCCAAGUACAACCACGACGAGUCGUCCACGUACAAGGCCAACGGGUCUGAGUUUGAGAUCCAGUACGGCUCGGGCUCUAUGGAGGGCUACGUAUCGGAGGACACCUUGGCCAUUGGCGACUUGGUCAUUCCCAAACAGCUGUUUGCGGAGGCCACUUCCGAGCCGGGAUUGGCCUUUGCCUUUGGUAAAUUCGACGGGAUUUUGGGGUUGGCCUACGACACUAUUUCUGUCAACAAGAUCGUUCCUCCAAUCUACAAUGCUAUCAACCAGGGUCUCUUAGAGUCUCCGCAGUUUGGCUUUUACCUUGGUGACACCAACAAGAACGAGAACGACGGCGGCUUGGCCACGUUUGGAGGCUAUGACGAGUCCCACUUCAAGGGCUCCCUCACUUGGUUGCCUGUUAGAAGAAAGGCCUACUGGGAAGUGUCCUUUGACGGUAUUGGCUUGGGCGACGAGUACGCUGAGUUGACCUCCACUGGUGCUGCCAUUGACACCGGUACCUCGUUGAUUACUUUGCCAUCAGCUUUGGCUGAGCUUGUCAACGCCAAGAUCGGCGCCACCAAGUCGUGGUCCGGCCAGUAUCAGGUGAACUGUAACACGAGAGACGAUUUGCCCGACUUGACCAUGACCUUCUCUGGCUACAACUUCACCUUGUCUCCAUACGACUACACCUUGGAGGUGUCUGGCUCGUGCAUUUCUGCCUUCACGCCAAUGGACUUCCCCAAGCCAAUUGGCGACUUGGCCAUUGUGGGUGAUGCUUUCUUGAGAAGAUACUACUCAGUCUACGACUUGAAGAAGGAUGCUGUGGGAUUGGCCCCCGCCAAGUAA